CUGUCAGCGGUAGUCACUGAAAAUGAGGCGGAUAUUUAUCCGCAUGAUGUAUAUUAGCGCACCUUAGCGAAGGGUUUUCACCUCACGGGCCUGGCAUUUGUUAAUUUGUAAUUAACUAAGGUCCGCAGUUGAUAGAAGGCUUCCCUUCGGUGUAUUGUAUAGUCGUCAGAGAGUGGAUAUAAAGGCCAAAGAGCGAGGAUGUUGGUCCCCGCGGGAAGAUAAUGAAGAGGCUGUGCGUUUUUUUGCUGUGCCUCAUUGUAGCUCUCCUGUGCUGGUACCCAAGUCAUCAUGUGUAUUGUUCUGAGAAGAGCUUGUCUGGCCCAGGUCAGUCUGCCAGGGACCAAAACCCUCAGGGCCACAAGCAGGAGCAGGACUCAACACAACACAAGGUGGCAAAAGAACAGACGAUGCCUGAAUCUCAUAAUGCGGAACUAGCGACAGAGAGAGCAGCUCUCGAGAAGGUGAUAAGAGACGACACACACACAGAACAGACUGUGGCCACACAUGAACCUAGGGUGGAGGAGAAGAAAGCUGAUCCAGAGUCAGACACUGAGCAUGGUACUCCUGAGCCACAUCGAGGUCUCCAGGCUCAGGUGGAUCGGACGACUGACAUUCAGGAGCAGGAAGCUCAAAUGUCCGCACCUCCAAACUCAUUUUCAGCCCAAAGUCAAAUGUCCACUGACGCCCAAACCCCACCAGAGAUCUCCAGUGCUGCACGUUCUUCUGUGGACUCAAACACAGUCACACCCCUAGAAGAAACUGAAAACACUCCUACCUCACAGAGUGUCAGCUCGACUCCCACAGGUGCAGUGUUGGUUGCCAGUGCAGGCGAUGAACUCCCAGUAGGCAGCUUUGUCUUUGCUGAGCUCUCUGACUCGCAGUGCGGAGUCAUUCCCCCCAAACUGGCAACCUGUGAAAACUCCCCUUUUGGCAGCCCUGUCUUCAGUGUGGAGGAGGCUGCCAUAGAGGACCAAAGGGCAGACCCGACUCAGAGCUUUGGUCCCAAAGCAGAGGUUCAGUUUUCUCCAGGCCAUAUGGACCAGGAACAGCAGGCACAGCCUGAAGACGGGUUGUCCAGUUCUGCCCAGGAGGGCACCACCUCCAACCAUCACAAAGAGGAGCAGGCCGGGGAUGCCAGCAUUUCCAGGGAGACUGAUCCCUCAGUCCCCAGCAAAGAAGACAUUCCCACAUUUGAUGAGUGGAAGAAACAGGUCAUGGAGGUAGAGAAGGAGAAAAGUCAGUCCCUUCACACAUCGACCACUGGCAACCUCCAUCCAGUGAAGAAAGUUCAGAAAAACUUCAAAAAUAACUAUGCUUCUGUGGAGUGUGGGGCCAAGAUACUCUCUGCGAACAAUGAGGCCAAGAGCACUUCAGCCAUUCUCAUGGAGAACAUGGACCUUUACAUGCUAAAUCCUUGCAGCAACAAAAUCUGGUUUGUGAUUGAGCUUUGUGAGCCCAUUCAAGUCAAGCAGCUGGACAUUGCCAACUUUGAGCUCUUCUCAUCGGCACCAAAAGACUUUUUAGUUUCGAUAAGUGACAGGUAUCCUACUAACAAGUGGGUCAAGCUGGGUACAUUCCAUGCACGUGAUGAGCGCACAGUCCAGAGCUUCCCGCUGGAUGAACAACUUUAUGCUAAAUAUGUGAAGAUGUUCAUCAAGUACAUAAAGGUUGAACUCCUCUCCCACUUUGGAUCAGAACACUUCUGUCCUCUCAGUCUCAUUAGGGUGUUUGGUACUAGCAUGGUAGAAGAAUAUGAGGAAAUAGCAGAGUCCCAGUAUCCUUCAGAAAGACUUGAGUACUUGGAUGAAGACUAUGACUAUCCUCCUGGCUACCAGCCAUCAGAUGACAAGGCUGCCAAAAACCUACUUGGCUCAGCUACCAAUGCUAUACUUAACAUGGUCAACAACAUUGCUGCAAAUGUGUUGGGAGGUACAAAUGAAGUGGAUGUUGGAGCAGACACAGCAGGUAAUGUGUCAACUGAUGUCCAGCAAGAACAGGAUGGGACCUCUGAUGUUUUGCCUAAAUCAGCUGAAACACUUCAUGGUUCUACAGGGUUGGAAACUGAACAGCUUGCAGACCAGAAGGAUUCUGGUUAUGCCAACGAUUCCACCACACCUCACCCCACAUCAUCAGACUCCUCUGAGGAAAGACAGAUUGUCACUUUGGUGGAGGAAGAUGAUGAUGAAGAGCCCAGACAGUCUACAGUCACCCUGCUGGAAGAAGAGGGAGAUGAGGACGAAGAGAAAAGAAGAGAACAGACAAUGGGGGAUACAGAAAGGAACCAAUGGGAUAGCCAGGUGUACUGUCCCUUCUCCUCCCUCUCUUCCCUUUCUCUGUCUUGCAUGGCCACCCUGCCGGAGCUGCUCCAUCGUUGGUGCUCAGCUCGGCUGGCCAAAGGGAGGCUCCGCAGCCUUAAAAAGAGGCAACUGAGCACCCGAAAGCAGAAAAAGGCAAAAGCGAACACCCCUCAGCUCACCCACAAGCCCUCACAGAUUACUGUCCCAAUUCUAACACCUGCCCAAGUAGCUCUUCCCCUCACCGCAAAUGUUCCAGAAUCCGAGGUUCCUGUUUAUGACCAAAAUGAGGCCAAAACUUUUGGUGACUUGCACAGCACUCACUCUCCUGACACACCCACAUCAGAUGUCAAUAUUCUCCUUGAACCUAGUAGAACCCCCGCCAUCCCCUCUCACAGUUUCUCAGACAUCCAGGGCUCCGUGAUCCGACCCACCCUAACCCACCAGGAGCAGGUGCUACCUCCCGUUAAAGAUCCAAGCUUAGUUCCUGUCCCCACUCCACCCUAUCAAGCUGACGUGAUCCCAGAGACGCACCAGGCCAUUAGUGCCACCCCCACACCUACGAUUAGUUUUAAUUUGCAGCCUGUGGUAUCUGAGACAGCUGCUCCUCAGUCUACUGUUAUGGUUUCUCAUGUCAAGGACCAGACUGUCCAGCCUCUGCUCACAGCAUCAAGGCCUGAAGACCUCACCCCCCCUCCCACUGAACUAUCUGAUCUCCCACUGGCUGACACUCCCUCAGAUACUGUUAAGUCAGGUGACGACAUUGGAGACUCACUCAGAACCAGUGUCCAGACUUCUCACUCCCACGGGGAGCAGACAGAUCUGCUCAGUAAGACUGGAAAUUCCCACAGAGUGGAGGACGCUGUGGAUGAGGACUUAUUAACCAUUAGCAGUAAUGGGAACGUCAACCGAACAGUGACCGAUUUCUAUGCAGAGCUGCAGAAUGGGGCUGAUUACAGCGGUGGGGCAGUGAAUGGUAACAGUGUAUUACCAAAUGGGGCGCCGGUGCACAGUUCUAGCCAGAAGGAAAGUGUGUUUAUGAGGUUGAACAACAGAAUCAAAGCCCUGGAGAUGAACAUGAGUCUGUCCAGCAGAUACCUGGAAGAGCUCAGCCAGAGGUAUCGCAAACAAAUGGAAGAGAUGCAGAGAGCCUUCAAUAAGACCAUCACCAAACUACAAAACACCUCCCGCAUUGCAGCUGAGCAGGACCAGAAGCAGACUGAGUUUAUCCAAGUUCUGCAGAGUCAACUGGAGAACGUCACUAAACUGGUGCUCAAUCUCACAGCCACAGUUACACAGUUGCAGGAAGAGGUAUCUGACCGUCAGCGCUACCUGGUUGUGUCUCUAGUUUUGUGUUUGUCUUUGGGCCUUCUGCUGUGUCUGCAGUGCUGCUGCAGCUCUUCCCCCAAACCAAACAUCAGUCCUCCCAAGAGCAACCACUACCCCAGUCCCAAAAGAUGCUUCUCCUCCUAUGAUGAUAUGAGUAUAAAACGAAGGGUCACCUGUCCUCUUUUUCGCUCCAAGUCAUUUCACUUGACUUCUACAGAAGUAGGUCCGGAUGACUUGUACAUUGUAGAACCUGUAAGGUUUUCUCCAGAGAAAAAGAAGAAACGCUGCAAGACAAAGUCACUGGACAAAGUUGAGACUCUGAAGACAUCUGAUCCUUCUGGUCCACUCUCAAACGGGGGUCCCAAGACUUAUGGAUACCCAUGCCUUUACACUCCACCACUACCACCGCCUCCUCCACCUCCUCCUUUGCCCCCACCACCACCACCGCCUCCCCUUCCCUCUGGAGUGGGGGCGUCGCUAUCGCCCUCUUCUACCUCGAAGGAGACUCACUCGGAGACGAGUUGCAGCUCAUCCACCCACUCUGAGGAGUCCUACAUAAGCUGCCUCCCACCUCCCUCUCCAAUCUUCUCCCCCUCUAAUCUGUGCAAUGGCCACAGCCUGCCUUUUCCCCUCCACCCGCCUCCUACCAAAGGUCGCCAAGACAAGCGCUCAAUGAAGCGGCGAAAGUCACGACAGAUGGAGCUGCAGUUCCCCUCUAUGCCUGGAGGACACAUUGGUUCUCUUCCCAGUCUGCAGCAGCUUAUAAAGGGCAGCAGGGAGAUCAGUGUUGCCCUCGGGGUGACGGCUGUCACUGGACAUGUCUGAACGCGUCUCACUUUGAGCCCUUCUGCAUAACUUUUACAGUUUUCUACUGACUGUGCACACAUGAUAUGGGAGCAGAGAUUUAAAGUGAUCUGAAUGCUUUCCAUGUUUCUUAGAGGUCAUAUUUUACAGCUUUUUAACAAAUCAAUAUUGGUCACCAGGUGUCUUAUCAAAAUGGGUCAUGGUUGUAGCCAAAAACACCCCAGAGACACUGAGCUGAUGCCUUGUAAAAUAACUCAGUUUCCAGGUCUUUUAAGAAACGGCCUGUUUCUGUGUGGCGUUAGAUCGAGAAAGAGAGGUUCACUACGCCCCCCUCCCUACAGUGAGGUGGUGCCUUUCUUUAACAGAGAGGCUGGCCAUACCCCCUUGUCUUCAGUGAGGUGGUGCUUCCCUCCCUCAGAGAGGCUGGCCACACACCCUCUUACUCGCACAUAUUAUUUGGUAGUGUAAUGCAGCGCACAGACUGGUUCUGUGCUCGCGUCUCACUAAGUAAGCCAGAGUCCAGAGACGACUUCAGUUACACACGUCCCACACGGCAUGAUUCUGGGUAAUGCUGGCUUACAGCAGAGAGUUUCCAAAUGUGCAGUCUCUGAAGUUUGUGUCUUUGAGGAUAUUUAACAAAAACCUCAACCAUUUUAAGCUAAAGCAUCAAUUACAAAAAUGAUUUUGCACAGUAUGACCCAUUUAAAACCACACUUCCCAAAAGCACCCGGGUCCACUGUGGGACUGAAGUGGCUUUGGCAGCUGCAGCUCAGCAUUGCCGGUGUUUUAAGUUUAUGGCUCCCCCUGCUGGUUAUGUGCCUUUUCCUGCUCUCAACCGUUUAAUGAUUUAAACAUGAAAUUUAUGGAAUUGUUAGCAUUUCUUUGGUAUACAGAGACUGGUAGGGAGUUAAAUACGGGCUACGUGUCAGCUCCAUUUGACUGAACAAGGUGGUUAGUUUUAUUCCUACUUCUGAAGCACAGUGUCCUACUACACCUGGGCACCAAUGAGCUUUUCCCCAUUUUGAGAACAGUGAUUCCUCUGCUCUACUUUCCUGCUCCGUCCGGGGCAUCAAGAAGUAUUCGCCUGAUGUUUUAGGGAAAAUGAUUGAACAAACUCCUCAGCUUUUGCUCUUCCGCCUCAACAUCAUUUGAACCAUUCUGUGUACUGUUGCAUCCUGACCAAACAUGAGUGCAAAUGUUUGUGUGGGACCCGUGUUAAAAGCUCCUGCACACCAGACGUUUGUUCUUCUUUUCUGUCUCUGUCAUUCUUUUCCAAACCAACCAGCAGAGCUGAAUGAUGAAAUCUGUUGGGUUGAAUGCUUGUGAAUGCAUUAGUCUUUUGUGGUUACAUUCCCAGUUUAGGACAGCAGUCAUGAAAUCUGAAAA